AUGGUUAUCGUUGAAGAAGUCGUUGGGUUAAGGUUAGAUCGUCGAAUCAAUUGGCUCGGAUUUCAUCUUACGAAAUCUUGGCAUGCUAAAAUAUUUAUGAUUUUUUUGAAUUUCAUUCGAACUUUCACACCUGAACGUAUUAUUAUUGCACAAAAUACACGUCUUACAGCUCGAUUGUUGAACACUUAUACUUCCAUAUUAAAGCCAAAGACAAUGGCUAACGAUAAAGACGCGUUUGAAGUAAAAGCUGUUAAUACAACCGAAAGAUUAGCAAAGCUUAGAUCUUUAUUCCAAGGAGGAGAUUAUGAUAUAACUGCGUAUGUAAUUCCUUCAGAAGACGCUCACCAGAGUGAAUAUACAGCGAGUUGUGAUGCUCGAAGGGCAUUUAUUUCCGGUUUCACGGGCUCUGCUGGUUUGGCAGUUGUAUCAACAAAGGAUGCUGCGCUUUUUACAGAUGGUCGAUAUUUUUUGCAGGCCAGUAAGCAACUUGACCACAAUUGGACAUUGAUGAAACAAGGUUUACCUGAUGUCCCAACUUGGCAAGAAUAUUUAGUACAAGAUCUUCCUAAAGGUUCAAAAAUCGGAAUCGAUCCAACGUUGAUUAUGGCGAACGAUGCGAAAGCUUUAAAAGAAUCGCUUGGAAAAAUCGGGUCAUCGUUAGUCUCUAUUGAAAAUAAUUUAGUCGAUUUGGUAUGGGGAGAUGCUAGACCAUCUCGUCCAUGUAAUCCGGUAAUUGUUUUACCAUUGAAAUAUGCUGGACGCUCUCAUACCGAUAAAAUCGCGAAACUUCGAGAAGAGCUUUCCAAAGAAAAUUAUUAUGGUUUUGUUGUAUCCGCUCUAGAUGAGAUUGCUUGGCUUUUUAACCUUCGUGGUUCUGACGUUCAAUAUAAUCCCGUUUUUUUUGCUUAUGCUCUUAUCACCAAAAACGAUAUUGUUCUUUAUAUCGACGAGAAUAAGUUAUCCGAUGAAAUCAAGGAUCAUUUGGGAUCCAGUAUUCGAUUUCGUCCUUAUUAUUCUGUUUUCGAAGAUCUACGUAAUUUACAAGACAAAUUUAAGAGCGAUAAUCAGAAACUUCUUAUCAGUACCCGUACAAGUUUUGCUCUGGCAUUGGCUGCUGGCGAAGAAAAUAUAGAAACGACUCGUUCUCCUAUCCUGGAUGCAAAAGCAAUUAAAAAUGAAGUGGAAUUAGAGGGCAUAAGGAAAUGUCAUCUCAGAGAUGCUGCAGCAGUGAUUAAUUAUUUCGCAUGGCUUGAAGAACAAUUUGCCGCCGGAAAGAAAUUAAGUGAAAUCGAUGGAGCAGAUCGUUUGGAGAAAUUUAGAGCAGAACAAGAAGAUUUUGUUGGUUUAUCCUUUGAUACUAUUUCGGCAUCAGGACCUAAUGGAGCCAUUAUACAUUAUAAACCAGAACCAGAAACAUGUGCUAAAAUUGAUCCAAAUUUACUUUACCUAUGUGAUUCUGGCGGUCAAUACAAAAAUGGUACUACUGAUGUAACGCGUACCAUACAUUUUGGCACACCAACUGCGCAAGAGAAGCGCGCAUUCACACGAGUCCUCCAAGGGCAUAUUGCGAUCGACCGUGCAAUAUUUCCGAAAGGCACUACAGGAUAUUUGUUGGAUGUUUUUGCAAGAGCACCGCUCUGGAGAGACGGUUUGGAUUUUCGUCACGGUACAGGGCAUGGUGUUGGAUGUUAUUUGAAUGUACACGAGGGUCCCCAUGGAAUUGGAUCCCGAAUUACAUUCAAUGAGGUACCCCUUCAAGCAGGUAUGACAGUAACUAAUGAGCCAGGGUAUUAUGAGGAUGGCAAGUUUGGUAUUCGAAUUGAAACUCUCGUAUUUGUUCGAGAGGUGGAAACACCACAUAAUUUUGAUGAUCGUGGAUUUUUGGGAUUUGAACAUAUUACUUUGGUUCCUAUUCAGACAAAACUUAUUGAUGCCUCUCUUUUGGAUCCUAUUGAACACAAAUGGAUUAAUGAUUAUAAUGCUGAAUGUCUUCAAAAAGUAUCACCUUUCUUAGAACAAAAUAGUUCAGGACUUCGAUGGUUAGAAAGAGAAGCUGCUGCUUUAAAAUGA